AUGAGCGGCGCAUUGAGAGUCAUCGACGAGUCACCGCAGGAGGGCGACUACACCAGCCUCGAGGCGCAUCAACAAGAAACACCAGGCAGCUUCUACGAUGCCAGAGCUGUCUUGCACCACCGCGUGCAGAAUGCUACUUUGAAGGUGUCGGAGCACGAGCUGGCCAACAACCCUGCCUUGCAAGCAUUGCGCACUUCUGCUGGUCCCGGCGCUGCCCCUCACGCCUCUCCUCACUCGCACACCAAUGGCGACGGCGAGGAACCCAGAGUCGACGUCACCAUUACACGCAUCCAGAUUUGGGUCACUUCAGACUUCUUCACCCUCUGGAGCUCCUCUGCUGGCCAUGGUGUCCAGAUUCCCUACCGAACCAUUUCCCUGCACGCUCGUCAACAAAACGCUCUAUACCUGCAACUUUGCCUUAGCGACAUCUCGCAGACCGCCGAUGACGAUCUUGAGACUGUUGAGCUCCUGUUGACACCCGAGCCUCUUGCCGAGAGUACUCCUACCGAUCCGGCUGAGAAACUCUUCACCGCUGUAUCUGAAUGCGCCGACCUACACCCCGACCCAGAUGAGGAUGACGAGCAAGAACAAGAACAGGAGCCUGAGCCGGGAACUGGUGGCUGGAUCACUUCCGAGAAUCUGCAAGACUUUAUGGAUGAAAAUGGCGAGUUUCGUAUGCCCGAGGGCGGAAGUCUUGGUGCUGGAGCUGGCACAGUGAGAACUGCUGAUCAGUUUGAAGAUGCCGACGAAGGCCAUGAGCCCGACGGUGAAGACGCCAAGUGGCGUAGAACGAGCUGA